AAGCACACCUUCAAACCCAAAUGGAGUCUGUCUCUUCAGAAGAUUGGCUCGAAGAAUCUCUUCAAGUUCCUCAACAUCAAGGCCAUCAACAAAUAUCGGAAGUCGAAUACACCCGAUUAGCCGAACAAUUCCACACGACAGGCUACCGAGAAGGUAUCCACAAGGGGAAAGAACUUUCGAUCCAGGAAGGAUUCAAUCAUGGUUUUGCGGCUGGAGCUCAACGAGGCAAAAGGUUGGGUUCACUUCGAGGAAGAGCAUCGGCGACGUUGAAUCUACUGUUGAAGCAGAUGGAAGAAGAUGCUCGAGUCGACCGAGUACGGAAAUUGAUUAGAGACCUCAACCAGUAUGGAAUCGUCCAGGACCCCAACCAAUCAUCACGAGCGAACGAGCUUGAAGACUUGACUAGUCGAAUGGAUGGAUUGAUGACUCCGUCCAAUCCUACUCAACCUCAAUCCGUCACAACACAGUAUCAAAAAGAGCAAGACGAUCAGCUGUUGGAUCGAUGCCAAUUCGAACUAGACGCUAUUCUUGCCAGUAUGAACAUCUGGUUACCAGGCCUUUGAUUAUGCACCACGUGUUCGAUAGAUUCGCAUCGUCCGGCUCCAAACUGGAACUAUCCUCCGGGUGGUUUGGAUGACCAUGCUGCACUUCCUUAUCCAAUCCACCGCCAACCACACGGAGUACAGGUGAAUCCAUGGCCAUGGGUAAAAGGAUCUCAAUUGUUCCUGAGCUAGUCUAAUUCAACAUCAAAUUUAGUUGCCUCUCCGGCCAAAUUUGUGAAUGCAGAUUGUGAUAGUCCUCAUCAAGCCCUACUACUCCUAUCUAGCUUAUCGCACAUCAGUUAAACUGGCCUCCCCCCCACAAAGAACUUCAGCCAGAAACCACACUCAGUCCCUAAUCUGUCAUCAAAACCAAUUUUUGCCCUUCUUUCUGUGCUAUCAUUUUCAUGCUUAGCCUAACUGUGUUGUUCAAUUGAAUGAAUCAGAUCAAGUUGAUAAAUACAUUCCCCCUUUUCUCUGAAGGAAUUCAUUUCUUCAGAAAAAAAAACAUGAAAGCUCCUCACAAAUGGAAUUAAAAAU